AUGGAGAGGCACGUUCAGGUAUUCCUAAACAGGCUCUCCUUCGCCUCCAUAACAGUCGCCACGCUGAUCCUUCUCCUCCUCUACCUCCAAACCCCCGACACCUGCUUCGACCCGUCCGACCCAGACCCGAAACCCCACACUCGUUUCCCCAAGUCCACCUGCGACUUCAACCACCGCUCCUACACCUCCCAUGAGAAGCGCAACCACCGCCUCUGGUCUACCAAGACCUGGGCCAAGACGGUCUCGUCCUACACUUCCCUCUUCAAAACCCUCGAGGCCCGGAAUUACCUUUCGAAUCACUCUCGGGUCCUGGUUGUAUCAGCCGGGCCGGGGCAUGCCGUACAGGCUUUGAGGGACUUGGGCGUGGAGGACGUCACUGGGGUGGAGCUGGUGGAGUCCUAUCCGCUGGUGAACCGAGCGGAUCCGCAUAACUUGCCUUUUUUUGAUGGGGUUUUUGAUCUCGGGUUCGGUGCGUACUUGGAUCGCUCCCUGUUUCCAGGGCGGUACGUGUGGCAUAUCGAGAGGACCGUGAGGCGCGGUGGUGUCUGUGUGGUGUCUGUUGAGGAGUGUGGGAAGGGUGAAGUGGAGGAGAUCGUGAAAUUGUUUAAGAAAUCGCGAUUUAUUGAUGCGAAGAACUUGACUUUGGCCGCGCAGAGAAGGACUAGGAUUCUCAUGGAAGUUGAGAAUCACUCUUGA